CACUUCUUGGCGUUCACAUCGAGUCGAAACAGUUGAAACGGAUCCUCUCCAACAAUAUCGCAUUUCACUUGUGUUUGCAGUACCAUAAAUUUAACAAUUCCGUGAGACACACACACACUUAUAUAUAUAUCUCAAUACAUAUAAAAGAGAAAUCGUUUUCGCGCUCCAACAAUUUGCCCGAAAUCAAUUUUGCCGCCGCUAUUUGCUUAGCCAGCCCAAUAUCCUUUGCGCCCAACAACAAAAAAGAAACCCAAUAAAAAUGAUGAAAUUCGUCCAAAUCGUGUUAUGCUACGGCCUUUUGCUGAGCGUGUUCUUUGCUUUGAACGAGGCGCGACCAUCGGCAGCUGAGGCGACUGCUGAAACUGAUGGACUGGAUCAGCAGGAUGUAGAGGAUGUGCGUGCCGCCUAUGGCGGCUAUGAGAUGCCCGCCCAGGCGAUCUAUCCGAACUUGCCCAUGGAUCGCUUGCAGAUGCUUUUCGCACAGUACAGACCCACCUACAGCGCCUACCUACGCACUCCCUCCUAUGGCAACAUGAACGAGCUCUUCCGCAUGCCCGAGAGCAAGCGUCAAGUGAGGUACAGGCAGUGCUACUUCAAUCCCAUCUCCUGCUUUAGAAAGUAAAUGCCAACAGCCGAUGACGACGAUAGCAACACAAACACUUAAAAAAAAAAAACAAAAUAAAAAUCCAAAAACACAGCCCAAUUGAAAAAUUAACAUUUCAAACUAUGGAAAAACCGUUUAGCAUAAUUCCAAUGCCAAUAUUUAGUGCAAUUAACUAAAGUUAAGACUCAACGCUCUAUGAAUGUCUAUUAAACACAAACAAACAAAUGAUAAAUUCUAAAU